AGUGGGAAAAACUUGCAACUCUGAUCAAACUCUGAUAUACAGUGUGUAACCUGGCGUAACCUCAAAUUGAUUGAAAAGUCGUUUGUUAAGAAAUUCGCAAGUAUGACGGAAAAUAAGAACGACAAAGCGAAAGUCGAUCUUGGAUUACUUGAGGAGGAUGACGAAUUUGAGGAGUUUCCUGCGGAAGAUUGGACCGCAAAGGAUGAAGACAGCGAGGAUAUCAGUGUCUGGGAGGAUAAUUGGGAUGAUGAUGAUGUUGAGGAUGACUUCAAUCAACAAUUAAGAGCACAAUUAGAAAAACAGAAAGCUGCAAGUGAAACAGCCAAAGAAAAUUAAUUAGAUUAUAAGACAUUUAAUCUUAUUAUCUUACAUAAAUAAACAUGUAAUUAAAUGGUAAGCUCGUGUGUACAUUCAUAUUUUGAACAUAUGAUCACAAUCUUUGGAAUGUAAUGAGAGCUGCAGUUUGUAUAAUUGUAUAACAUGCACCAUAUGUUUCGCAGGAAUAUACAAUUCUUUUGUACAAAACUUAGUCAUUAAAUAUAAACGUUAUAUACUUA